GACAGUAGCAUGCCAAGGGAGGGCCAAGGGAAGGUUCCAGAGGGCUAUUCCUAUACGGUAUAUCAUCCAAUGGAGGAGAUUUAUCACUGGAUGUACCGGAUAAAGGAGAGCAACAGUGAGCUCGUGACACAGCAUUACCUAGGAAUGACAUAUGAGAACCGGCCAAUGUAUUAUCUGAAGGUGAGUGAGCCAUCAAACAAGGCUAAGAAGAUUAUUUGGAUGGACUGUGGGAUUCAUGCCAGAGAAUGGAUCUCACCUGCCUUUUGCCAGUGGUUUGUGAAAGAAAUUUUACAAAAUUACAGAACUGAUCCAAAGAUACAAAGUUUCCUGCAGAACCUGGACUUUUAUGUCCUGCCAGUUCUCAAUAUCGACGGUUAUAUCUAUUCCUGGACAACAGAACGUCUGUGGAGAAAAUCCCGCUCUCCACACGUAAAUGGCACCUGCUUUGGGACAGAUCUUAACCGUAACUUCAAUGCCUCCUGGUGCAAUAUUGGCGCAUCUCAGAACUGCAGCAGCCUCACUUUCUGUGGAAUGGCACCAGAAUCAGAACCCGAGACUAAAGCUGUGGCCAGAUUUAUAGAGGAAAGGAAAAGUGAUGUUUUGUGCUUCUUGACUAUUCACUCUUAUGGGCAGUACAUUCUCACUCCAUACGGUUACAAAACCGAUCUGGCAAAUAACCAUCAGGAAUUGAUGGAAGCAGGAGAGAAAGCAGCAGUUGCACUGAAGGAAAAGCACGGGACCAAUUUUACUGUGGGACCAACUUCUUCCAUUUUGUACAAGAACUCUGGCUCCUCACGGGACUGGGCUCACCUGAUUGGCAUUCCAUUCUCCUACACGUUUGAGCUGAGAGACCGGGGUACCUACGGAUUUAUUCUCCCACCAGACCAGAUCCAGCCCACAUGUGAGGAGACUACCCCAGCUGUGAUGACUAUCAUUGAAUAUGUAAACCAGAAGUAUUUCCCAAGCAGUGCCGUGGCAGUGACCUCUGUCAGCCUGUGGCUCAUUGUCCUAUUUGCAUGGACCUUGUCCUAAGUAAUCCCGACAGAGC